AUGGCUUUGGAAGAACAGCUUCUGCAAGAACUGAGGUCGUCCAACGCUUGGGGUUACUUGGACACCGCCCUCUCAGAUGGUAGAGCCGUAGAGGAUGGUCAGCAAAUUUUUACAGAAUCCCGCUAUCGUGUUCUCUACCGGAGUCCAUCUGCUUCCUUAAUUGCGCUUCGAGGCCGCGUCUCUGAAGACUUUGCCAUUGAUACCAUUCUCUCACGAUAUCACAAGGCCUACGCUAUCAAUCACCCACCUGCACCGCUUGUGCCAGUCCCUUCGAAAGAUGUUGCUCGCGUACGCUCAAUACUCAAAGGGCUACAGUAUAACAAGACGGUUGCACGCCUUGUAGAUAGCCUUUCCAUUGUGCAAAUGCACAAGGAUAUAACUUGGCUCACAGGCGAAGCGCCAGAGAGCAAUAUCGAAAGUCGGCAUUCGUUCCACCCUGACGCUCGGAAGGCUGCGCACUGGAUUGUGGAGCAAAUAGAGAGCACCGGGGCAGAUUGCAGACUACGUAACUUCCUCCCGGGUUUCACUCCUAAUAUUAUCUGUCGAUAUGACGGUUCAGAAAAUACCGACGCACUCGUUCUCCUGAGUGCGCACUACGACUCCCGUGGCUCCUUCGGAAAUACACGCGCUCCUGGAGGCGAUGAUGAUGGGUCAGGAACUACGUCGAUCCUAGCUAUGGCUCGCGCAAUUGGACAGUCCGGGAUUACUUUCAAAUCAAAUGUCGAAUUGUGUCUAUUUGCCGGAGAAGAGCAGGGUUUGCUGGGUUCGAGAGCGUAUGCCCGAGAACUGAGGGAAGUGAACGCAGACAUCACGCUAAUGAUACAAGCCGAUAUGCUUGCAUAUCACAAACCCGGAGAACCUCCACAGCUGGGUCUUCCUGAUUUGAUUGGCACACCAGAAGUCGCACAACUUGUUUCCAAUAUCUCUGCACUCUACAGCCCAGAGUUGGAAGUUGGUUUCACGCCCGCAUGCUGCAGUGACCAUCAGUCCUUCCACGAGCAAGGUUUCGCCGCAACGCAAGUCUUUGAACGCGCAGGCCCGAUUGCAGACCCAAUGUACCACAACUCUGGUGAUCUCAGCCAGCGUGAGGGAUACGAUUUCAGACAGCUAAAGAGCAUUGUGAAAUUCGCCACUCUUCUGCACGCCGCUGGCUUUGAUGAACCUAACUACAUUACGUCUGAUUGA